GAACUCACCACUACCUAUCCUAUAGGAAAGAAAGAACAAGGGGAAAGAAAUGGAUAAUGAAGUAUCCAAAGAAAAGCCAAAGGAGAUCAUUUUGAUGAAAUCUCCUCCGAAGCUCUUUAGGAGAAAAAAAUGGACAAAGUUUGAUAGAAAUUUUGCCUUUUACUUUCUCACUUUCCAUCUUCUCUGUAUUUUGGCACCCUUCUGUUUUAGUUGGACCCGUUUGUUGCUUGCCUUGGGGUUAUCUUGUUUAUCAGGUAUGGGAAUAAGUGUCUCGUACCAUCGAAAUCUUGCACAUCGAAGCUUCAAACUUCCAAAAUGGUUCGAGUAUUCUCUUGCUUAUAUUGCUGCUCAUGCAAUUCAGGGUGAUCCAAUUGAUUGGGUGAGCACCCAUAGAUGCCACCAUCGGUUCGUUGAUUCAGAACGAGAUCCACAUAGUCCUAUUUAUGGAUUUUGGUUUAGUCAAAUGACAUGGCUUUUCGAUUCGUAUAACUUGACGAGAAAAGUUUGUCCAAACUAUUUUAAUAAUUAUCAAAAGGCAGAGAGAAACAUCUUCAUGCUUUACAUGAAACAUGGAUACCCAGACAACGUGCCAGAUUUGGAGAAACAAUGGUUCUAUAGAUUUAUACAUAAAACAUAUUGGCUUCAUCCACUUGCUCUUUCACUCUUGCUCUAUGCCAUUGGAGGACUUCCUUUCAUCAUUUGGGGAAUGUGCGUGAGGUUCGUAUACAGCGUGCAUGUCACAUCUAUGGUCAAUUCAGUAUGUCAUAUGUGGGGAAACCAACCAUGGAACACCGGUGAUUUAUCCAAAAACAAUUGGAUGGUAGCUUUAUUAACUUUUGGAGAAGGAUGGCACAAUAACCACCAUGCUUUCGAGUAUUCAGCAAGACAUGGCCUUGAGUGGUGGCAAAUUGAUUAUGGUUGGUAUUUUAUUAGGUUUCUUGAGGUCAUCGGAUUAGCAACCAAUGUGAAAUUUCCUUCUGAAAAGCAAAAAUUGGCUGCUUUAAACAAAUCAAAACCCACCUUUCUUAAGCCUACCAUUAAUUGAUAUUAAUCGUAUUUAACUAUACUUGUUAUCAAGAUAACGGUGUAAACUGCAUAUCAUAUCUAUAUAUAUAUACACACACACAUAUAUAUAUAUAUAUAUGCAUGAAUGCUUAUAAACUCUUUUUAUAUGGUAUGUUUUUAUGUAACCCUCUUUCAAUUAUGUAUCUAUACUCUUCAUCUUAUAAAGAUAGUAGUUAAAGAUAAAAUACUCUUGAACUUUACGUUAAAUUUUAACCUUGAAGUUUAAAGUUUGUUUCAAAACAAUCCUAUAUUAUAAUUGUUUUUGGGUGUCAAAUUCAUAGAUGAUAAAUAUGCAUAUGGUAAUUAUGAGAACAAAUUAUAAAUACAUAAUGAGAAAAAAAAGACAGACAGUGCAUUUGUGAUUUGUGAAUUGUACCUGUUGUCGCGACUUUCUCCGUUCA